AUGUCUACUUCAAUGACACCAACUUCAUCAACUUCAUCAACUUCAUCAUCUCAAUCAACAACCAAAUCAAAAUCGAACAAACCAACUCCACCUAAACUCAAUACGAAUCUCAAACGUAAAUCAAGUAUCAAAAACCGAAAUGAAAAAUUUGUAGAAUCAAAUGCUUGGACAAUUGGUUUUAUCAUUAGUUUUUUCGUUAUCUUGUUUUCUAAAGAGAUUUCAAACAUAUAUAAUGCGAAUAAUGAAGAUUAUCAAUUAUUGAAAACUUCUAUGAAUUCAACUCCUAAACUUUCAUCUUGGAAAAUUACAAAAUUAGAUCAUCAAGACAGAGGUUAUGGAUUGAUUGCUACUCGUCAAAUCUUACCAGGUGAAUUACUUUUAAAAGAAAAACCGAUAUUUAAAUUAAAUUCAAAAAUCAGAUCGAUUGAAGAUUACGAAACCAAUUUAAAUUCGAUUUUAAAAAAACUAGAUGGUGAAGAUCGGAAUCGAUUCUUAAGUUUAUCAAACCCAUGGCAAAAUCAAUCAUUAUCUAAUAUUUCAAAUUAUAUUAGAAUCUUACAAACAAAUGCGAUUAGUAUCGGUUCAAAUCAAUUAGCUAUCUUUCCUAGUCUUUCUCGUAUCAAUCAUGGAUGUGCUGGCGCAUCUAAUUCAGUUUAUAAUUGGAGAGAAAAAGAAGGAGUCGAAGUGGUUCAUGCUACCAAACUGAUCGAAGUAGGUGAAGAGAUUUUAAUUUCUUAUUGGGAUUCUAAACGUUCACGUUCAGAUCGACAAGAUUAUUUGAAAUCAAAUUAUGGAUUCCAAUGUACUUGUCAAACUUGUAGUUUAACUGAAGAAGAAAGUAUUCAAUCAGAUCAAAGGUUUUUAAAAAUUAAUCAAUUAAAAGCAAAACUUUCAGAUUGGUCAAAUCGAUUGAUUGGAGGAUUUGAAGCGGUUCGGCUUAUUGAAGAAGCGGUUCAACUGAUGAAACUUCAAAAUAUGACAUUUGAAUUCGGUCAAUUAUAUGCUGAUGCUGCUCAUAUUGCAAGUGCACACUCAGAUUUUCAAAGUGUUAAACAUUUUGCAAACUUAGCUCAAGAUCAUUUUAAAAUCGAAUUAGGUUCAGAUUCAAUUGAAGUUUUGAUUUCCAAGAAAUUAAUUAAAAAUCCAACUUCUUUAAAUUGGUCAAAUCGUCAACCUGAACGAGUUAAAGUUUUAUAA